UUGGUUCAUUCGUUCUGUGUCACGCUUCAGUGGAUCGUUUGUUCUCUCCCCCCUUCUCUCUCUUUUGAGUUUGAACAGAUCCUUCAAGCUGACCGCUAGGAUGAUUUCACUCAGGACUGUGUCCAUGCUGCUCGUUGGAGCUCAUUUGUUACUCCUGAUUGCUCCUGUGUCGUCCAAGAAUGUCGUCUGCUACUUCCACAACUGGGCUCAGUACAGGCCCAGCCCAGGACAAAUGUAUGCCAGGAACGUCAAUCCUUCGCUGUGCUCUCAUUUGAUCUUCGCCUUCUCCCAGCUAAGUGGAAACAGCAUGGUGCCCUAUGAGUUCAAUGACGACACUUCUGGUGGACAGUGGCAGCAGUUGAACGAAUUGAAGUUGGCCAACCCCAAGCUGAAAACUCUGCUCGCUUUGGGCGGCUACUCACACGGCUCGGCCAGAUUUCACCAAAUGGCCAGCUCACAGGCCAGCCGAGCUGAUUUCAUUUCAAAAGCCAUUAAUCUGCUGCGAUACAAGAACUUUGAUGGCUUGGAUCUUGAUUGGGAGUACCCUAGUGAUUUAUCGCCUGAUGAUUUCAACAACUUUGCUAAUCUGAUCAAGGAAACAAGAGAAGCCUUCGAGCGAGAAGCCACCAUCGUCAACAACCAACGUCUGAUCUUGUCUGUGGCUGUAGCGGCAGGACUGAGGAACGCUAUUGGUUCUUACAACGUCACGGCGUUAGAUCAGUAUGUUGAUAUCGUCAACGUUAUGAGCUACGACUAUCACGGGCUGUGGGAGAGCGUGACAGGUCUGAAUGCCCCAUUGUUAUCGAUGGAUGGGUUGGAUGUGAGUUCAACAAUCAACUGGUAUUUAGGCCAAGGUCUCCGACCAUCAAAGAUCCACCUCGGCUUUGCGUUUUUUGGGCGAACAUUUACGUUGGCUAACCCAGCCAACAACAACAUAGGUGCCCCGACCGUCGGAGGGGGCAUCAACGGCACGUACACAAGAACUUCUGGAAUUCUGGCGUACUACGAGAUUUGUGAUCUAAUACUCAAAAAAGGCUACACUGUUAACUACGACGCAUUUGGCCAACAGAAAUAUGCCUACAGCGGCAACCAGUGGGUCUCUUAUGAUGACGUGGACACCAUGAGCGUCAAGGUUGACUAUCUGUUAAGCCAGGACCUUGGAGGUGCUAUGAUCUGGUCUCUUCCUGACGAUGAUUUCUCCGGAUUGUUUUGUGGCCAGCACACUUACCCACUGACGUCAUAUAUCAGCGGCAGAGUUUUGAACGCUCCAGAUAAAACAACGGCAUCUACAGCAGCCUCUACUUCGACAACCACAGCCUCAACAAAGACAUCCACUACAGCCUCAACUACCACUCCUAUCUCGUCGACUAUAGCCUCAACUACCGCUCCUAUCUCAUCGACUACUACUAAAACAACAACCCCUACAGCUUCUACUUCUACUUCCACCUCAUCCACUACCACUAAAACAACAACCCCUACAGCCUCCAGCACCACGAGCUCAACAACCACUGUAAGCUCAACAACAGCCUCAGCCUCUAGCCAGCAGCCAAUCAAAACAACGUUUACAUGUCCUAGCAAAUAUGGCUUCUUUGCUGACCCCACCAGCUGUCUCCAUUACUAUGUGUGUAAUCAGGACGUUCCUCUACGUGUGCAGUGUCCAGCCAACACCAUCUACAACAGUGUCAACGUUGUAUGCGAGAAUAAAAUGACCACACGUUUUGUUUGUACCAUCUAAAAAUAAACCACUUUUGGUGACUGGGCUUUAGAAGUUGUUGAAAACAUUCAGACCUAGCCUACAUAGAUUACUUCAUUUAAGAACAAGAAAAAAAAAACUUUGCUUAUGAUGUUACAACGUGCUAUUCAGAGACGAACUUUGACCUUGAUUGCAUAAAGUCAAAGUUGAAGGAUAAGUCCCCUUGCUGCUUGUAAUAUAAAUAGUAUAUUUAAAGUUACUGAAUACAAAUAUUUGUAAUAAAAUCUGUUGAAUGAAAGACUUUUGCUUUGGAUUAAACUUAUUUUUUUGUUU